GAAAUCACUGUAUGUUAUUGUACGUACCACUAUUGUACGAAUCUAUUCGUUCCGCGUCCCAGUUAAGUUAUUCACACUCACACUCACAGGCCAGUAUUUGUGUAUUUACAGUGUACCAAUGACGUGUGUUACAUAAUACUAAACUAAUUUAGAUAUGAAGUUCCUAAUAAUUUUUACGGCCGCCCUGACCUUAACAUCUGCAGAUAAACGAUGUACCGGCGUAAACAUAGAUAAUAAAUAUUACAACCUCAAUAUUAUCAAAGACGGCAUUAACCAUGUACACGACUUAGUUGUAAACAGAAACGAUAACUCUAUAUACUUCACAUAUGAAAGUGUUGCGCAAAACGCACCGAAUAGAGUUCUAGCUCAUAUCGACAUUGGAACUAAAGUUGCAACAGUUAUUGACGGUAUCAGAAAUGCGACAGCGAUUGCCAUAGACAAUUUCAACAAUAAAGUCUACGUCGGAGGUGGAGAUGGUCUAUUCAAAAUAAACGAACAUAAAGUACCAGAAAGAUUACCUAUACAUGACGAUGUUAUGUCUAUGCAUUUCAAAAAUGGACUGUAUUUCGUUAACAGAAGAAAAGAGGCUUACAAAUUUGAAGACGGUUUCGCAUCACUGGUACCAGAAUUGAAGGGCAUCAAAGUUGACAGACUAGUAAUAGAUGAUGAUAAAAAUAUUUUUUUCACUGAAGACAGGAAGCUUUACAGAAUCAAACUGGACACAAGAGCUGUUAACACACACGAGAGGCAUCUAGCGUAUUAUAUCACAACAGAUAUUUAUUCCAAAGCUUAUUUGUGUACAGACAAAGGAUUGUACGCAUAUAAUAAAUACAAAUUUGUGUUUGAUAAAAUAGGGGAGUUGCGUAAUUUAAAGGCAUUGUCAUUUCAUAGGAUGAAUGAUCCGGUGUAUGCUGUUGCUGAUUAUAUUGUUAAGCUUAGCUUAAGCCCCAUUGGUUGUUUUGAUGAUUGAAUAUUUGAUGUUUGAUUAAAAUAUAUGGAAUUGCAAAUAA